UAUAUAGAAAAUGAGAGUCGAUAUUUAAUGCCAGAAAUCUCAUAACAAACUUCAUUUGUGAGUGAGUUCCGAAAUUGCGUCUGAAAUUUUUUUUUCCCGCGCAGGGGGAAAUGUUUGAUUCCGGGAUGGCAGCUGUAAGCUUAAGCAUAAACGGGCAGCCGGCCGUCCUUCUACAGCCCGAUACUGUUUACCGCAUUGGGCGCAAGGAAGCAUAUGAGUUCUGUGUCGCCGAUGAAUCCAUGGAGCUGUUGCAUGCUUUGGCAAUUGUCUAUCGAGCGGGUGUCCUUCGCGUGUUUGCGCUGAUGGGAAAGGUAUUCGUGAAUGGCCUGGAGAACGGCAAUGUGGACAUCAGCCGAAAGGAUGCCAUCGAUGGAAAGGUAAAGUUACGCUUCGGUAAUGUGGCAGCCGAAGCGCAAAUAAUGGAACCUAUUCAGCACCAUGAUAGCAGUGGAUUCGGCGAAUCCCUCAAGGACACAUCCGUCGAUACAACAUCAGACAGUCUCGUUAUACCAGAAACGGAGGUGCAGUCGGUCAACACAAGUGCUAAUACAACGGUUGGUAGCUUCUUUGUACCCGAAACCCAAGCUGUGGUCUUUGAUAAAGGAGUCUCGAAGGGCGGCAAAGUUUCGCUGGGCGAUGACUUCAUGAUACCCGAGACGCAAGAUCUCCUUAGUACUCCACCAGUUGUUGUCCACAAUGAGAAAUCCAAUUCUAUCGAUGAAGAUGCCUCUGAAAUGGGCACGCAGAUACGCAUUUGCACCCAGGAAUUCAAUAAUUUCGAUGAGGAUGCAUUUGAUGACUUCGAUUCAUCUAUGAUAAUGGGAGAUUCUGUGACGGCACUAUCGCUUCGUCAGCGCAUUGAAAACAAAAACAAGCAGGAUGUCGAUGAAAAGGACCUGGAACUGAGUGCCUUAAAUUGGUCUGCAACUAAUCCAAAAUGCACUGUCUUGAAUAGCACCAAGGCGGGAGAAUUGUCUCCUCGGGAACUUGCUUGUAUUACACCAGACCUAUCCGGCCAGAAUCCAUCUCAAAAUGCAGGAAAUUGUACUCCUGAUCUAUUUGAUUUGAUGAAUGCUGGUAAUGUACUGUCCGAGAGAUCCGCCACACCAACGCUUUGCGGGCUAAAGCAGUUGAUUGUGGCCACCAUAGAGACACCAACAGCAACUCCUAUCGAAGUGGAGGACAAAGAAAAUCAGGACUUUAUUGUCACUCCGAGCAAAGAGCCAGCAAGCGAAUCUCCCAAAAAUGGCAACGAAAAUAACGAAACUAAUCAGGAUUUCAUUGCCACUCAGCCGUUUCCCUUUCACUUAAAGCGCAAGCAAGAAAGAUUGCAAGCAACCGAAUCUCUUAAAGAUCGCCCUGAUGGCGAGCUCAUAAAUCAGGAUUUCAUAGAAACUCAGCCAUUUCCUUCGAAGCUCAAACAAAAUGCCUGGAAAGCAGCCGACUAUCCUAAAGACCGCAGCUAUGAGGAGGAAACUAAUCAAGAUUUCAUUGCCACUCAGCCGUUCCCCUUAUGGAAGAAGAAAAAUAGGAACGCAGCUGAAUUAACUGAAGAACACCGCGACAGUGAGGACAAUCAAGAUUUUAUAGCCACGGAGGCAUUCCCCUCGAUAAGCAAGCAAGCAAGUAAGAACACUCCAGAAAAUAAAGAGAACAUUCCAGUUGAAAAAAAUGAUACAGAACCCAAAGCUUCUACUUCCAAAGACGCAAAAAAUUUGAAUUCCCGUACAUAUAAUGAAAUCAUGGAGAUACUGGACAAAAUGGCUGCAGGCCUUCCACAGCCGCCUGAUGAUCCAAACGAACCUCAAAUUAAGUUCGUUGAACCUUCCAUUAUUAUGGAUGAAAACUAUAAUGCUAAGGUUGCCCGUCUAGAAUCCAUCUAUCCGGACAGGGACAGCAAGCGGCUUUGGGGUUUACCGAAAUUACCCGAAGUCUUGAAUAGCCGCAUAGCCGGAUCGGAGUCACCUCCACGUACUACAAGAAACGCAUGUCAACGACGCCUUUCAGACGAAUCACCCAGAAUUGAGCCCAGAAAACGGCCAGCGGCUGCAGAAAGCUCACCCGAACCUAAAAAUAAGAUCAGCCGUCUACCUUUGAAUUCGUUUAUUGAAGAAGAUGAUAAAAAGGCAGCUGACAAGGAGAGUACGCCGGAAUUGGUGGUCAGUAACACACAGCUCGAUUCUGCUUCGCAUUCCAAAGUAAAGAAGACAACCGGACCCCAAAAAGAGGAACAGGCAUCUGACAUGGAAAGUUCACCGGAAUUGGUGGUCAAGGUGCGGCCGGGUAGAUCAAAGAGGUCGACUAGCACACAGCUCGAUUCUGCUUCACAUUCCAAAGUAAAGAAGAAAAUUGAACCCAAAAAAGAGGAACAGACAGCUGACAAGGAAAGUUCAUAUUCCAAAGUAAAGAAGACAGUCGAACCCAAACAAGAGAAACAGGAUGUUCCAGAUGCACCACGCAGUCGAUUAAGAAACGCAAAAACAAUCGACAAGAUUCAGGAAAAGGCAGCCAAAAUUGGGAAUACACCCGAAGAAGGAGUCGUUGAAAAGAUAGCAAGCAAGCGAGUAGGAAGACCUAGAAAGAUCAAAACACCAACAUCAACACCGCAGGACACCAUACAGAGUAGGAUAAAGAAGGAGAACCCACCAGAGAAAGAAAAUGCGAAUACUAGUGCAGUGGCAAAACGGAGGGUGGGCAGACCUAGGAAGUCCCAAAAACCAACAGAAGAUAAACCAGAACUAAAAGUGAGAAGAAGUGAGACAUCAUCUACAACAGAUAAGAUCACUACGAGGAACACGUCAGAGGAGAAAGCUAAAGGAGAACCACAAUCCAAAGCUGCAGAAACUCGAGGAUUGGUAAAAAGAAAGCAGCUAACAAAAUCGACCUCUGUCACUGAAGAGGAUAAUGGACCAACUACAAGUACUGCAGCAGCAGCACAAAAAGAAAAUCUUGGGCGAAGGGGAAGAUCAAUUAGUAGCACAGGCACAGUCGCGUCAUCUCAAGCGAAUGCCCUUAAAGCCAUUAACGAACAUGUGAGGAAGGCAAAAGGACAAGGAAAAAUCAAAAUAGCAUUCUCGAUGUGUAAUCUAGCUGAGCUGGCGUCAGUUCUGAAGGCCUUGAAGCAUUCUGUGGAGAAAACGGAUGAUCCCCUGAACUGCGACGUCCUCAUCAUGGACAAGGGUGAUCGCACGUACAAAUUCCUGGUGGGAAUAGCUGCCAGUAAACCUAUACUCUCCAGUUCCUGGCUUCAAUCCAUGAGGGCAUCGUCUCGUGCAACUGUUCAGACAGAACACCUCUUCUCAGACUCAAACUUCGAGAAGUUGUACAAAUUCGAUCCUCUAAUGGCAAUGCAGCAUCCACAAUUGUUGAGUGGGCUUAACUUUAUGCUCUGCGAGGGUAUCCAACCGAAUCAAAAAGAAAUGAAAGCAAUCAUUGAAAGUGCUGGUGGAAAGGUCCACAGAGAACCGCCAGCGCAGGAAGAGAAUCUGUAUGUCAUAACUGUAGCCAAGGAUAAAAAACGCUACAAGCGAAUCCUGCAAAAUCGUGCCCAUGUUCAGUACAUAACCACAGAGGGCAUCAUGAAGACACUGGUGCAGCAUAAUCUGGAUCUGUUAAACGACCCUAAGGUACAAAUUUGAGUCGCGUCUCAGUAAAUUGUGCCUUGUUCCUUGUUUUGUGUGGCCAUAUAUAUUUCAUGUUCAUUUUUUUGAAAUUACUAAAUACAUCAUAAGAUUGUGCUUA